CUUGCGCGGAGAAUAUUAAAAAGGAGAGAGAAAGAAGAGAGAGAGAGAGAGUCGAAAGUUCGCGAUGCUACGUCGUCAAUGGCGGUUAGGGUUUUCUGUUGAUUCCCUGAAGCUUGAUUCCCUUGCAGCAAUUGUUUUCUCCUCUCUUAUUCUCCUUGCCCUCAAAACCCUAAGUUGAAGCCCAUCAAAAUUCAGUAUCACUGCUUUGUUUUUGCUUUGAGAUUUUGAGUUGCUGUGAUGGGCGCGCCGGAGAAAUCGCAGUCCAACGCUAAUUCGAUGCAGCGUGUCAAGGUCUACCGUCUGAAUGAUGAUGGGAAAUGGGAUGACCAGGGUACUGGGCACGUUACUGUUAAUUAUUUGGAGCGAUCAGAAGGGCUGGGUUUAUUUGUUUAUGAUGAAGACGACAAUGAGACCAUACUUUUGCAUCGCCUCACUUCUGAUGAUAUUUAUAGGAAACAAGAAGAUACAAUUAUUUCAUGGAGAGAUCCAGAAUAUGCUACAGAACUGGCACUUAGCUUUCAAGAGAGUGGUGGAUGCUCUUACAUAUGGGACCAUAUUUGCAGUGUGCAAAGGAAUAUGCAUUUUAAUACUUUAAAUAGUGAGGCAUUUCACAGUGUAAACAGUGAGUUAAGGGAGCUGCCUUCAGUUGAGUUGUCGACCCUUCCUUUGAUUCUUAAGACUCUGGUUGAGAGUGGCAUUGUUGAUCAGUUGCGGCUUACUGAACUAAUAUUAAGUGAUCAAGACUUUUUUCGAAAGCUCAUGGAAGUAUUCAGAGUUUGUGAAGACUUGGAAAAUAUGGAUGGCCUUCACAUGAUUUUCAAAAUAGUCAAAGGCAUCAUUAUGCUCAAUAGUACACAAAUUUUUGAGAGAAUAUUCAGUGAUGAAUUUAUGAUGGACAUUAUUGGUGCCCUUGAGUAUGAUCCAGAGGUUCCUCAUGUUCAUCAUCAUCGUAAAUUCUUGAAGGAGCAUGUUAUUUUUAAGGAGGCUAUACCUAUAAAAGAUACAAUUGUGUUGUCAAAAAUACAUCAGACAUAUAGAGUUGGUUUUUUAAAGGAUGUUAUCUUGGCUAGAGUAUUGGAUGAGGCUACUGUUGCAAAUCUCAAUUCCAUCAUACAUGCAAACAAUGCCAUUGUUGUUUCUUUAUUGAAGGAUGAUAGCACAUUUAUCCAGGAGUUGUUUGCUAGGUUAAAAUCCCCCACCACCUCUCCUGAGUCAAAGAAAAAUAUGGUCCAUUUCUUGCAUGAAUUUUGUAGUUUAAGCAAGAGCUUACAGAUGGUACAGCAGCUUCGGCUUUUUAGGGAUCUAAUGAAUGAGGGCAUCUUUGACAUUGUCACUGAUGUCUUGCAAAGUCAAGACAAGAAGUUUGUGCUUACUGGAACAGAUAUCCUGAUUCUAUUCUUGAAUCAGGAUCCUAAUCUUCUGCGAUCCUAUGUUGUUCGGCAGGAAGGAAUUACUCUUCUUGGAUUGUUGGUUAGAGGAAUGAUAACGGAUUUUGGAGAUGACAUGCAUUGCCAGUUUCUUGAGAUUCUUCGCAGUCUAUUGGACUCGUGCACGUUGUCUGGAGCACAGAGGGACACUAUUAUUGACAUUUUCUACGAGAAGCAUCUGGGUCAACUAAUGGAAGUGAUAACAGCAUCAUGUCCUUCAGAAAAUGUUGCUCAUGCGAGAACCAAAACAAUAGAUCCUGGCCAAGGAGUUCAGUAUCAGAGUGGGACAAAGCCAGAGAUACUAUCAAACAUAUGUGAAUUACUUGCCUUUUGUGUCCUACAUCAUCCAUACAGGAUAAAGUGCAACUUUCUCGUAAAUAAUGUGAUUGAUAAAAUUUUGUUACUGACAAGGAGAAGAGAAAAAUACCUAGUUGUUGGUGCUGUCCGGUUUGUUCGGACUAUUCUCUCACGUCAUGAUGAGCAUCUGAUAAAUCAUUUUGUUAGAAACAACCUUCUCAAGCCAAUUGUAGAUGCCUUUGUUGCUGAUGGCAAUCGCUACAAUCUGCUCAAUUCUGCAGUUCUUGAACUUUUUGAGUAUAUUCGCAAGGAGAAUAUGAAAUUAUUGCUGAAAUAUAUAGUUGAUUCUUUCUGGGACCAGCUAGUGAAAUUUGAGUAUUUAGCUUCCGUUCAUUCACUGAAAGUAAAAUAUGAGCAGUUCUUGAGAUUACGUGCUUGCUUGCAGUGUUUGGAUGAUGAUGGGACAAAAGCUACUGUAAUGUUAUCUGACCUUCGAAGACGACUUGAUGAGCGUGCUCUGGAGAAAGAAGAGGAAGACUACUUUAAUGAGGACAGCGAUGAGGAGGAUACAACCUCUGCAUCUAUUUCACGUAAUCAGAAAGGGCAACAACAUCAACCUGUGUUAUCCAAUGGAGUUACUGUUAGCUACUCACAGUUAAGUCCAAGGGCUGGUGGACUAGUUGACUAUGAUGAUGAUGAGGAUGAUGAGGAUUACAGGCCACCACCAAGGAAGCGGCCAGAAGCUUCUGAAGAGGAUGAAGAGACGAUGGAGUAUCUCAGGCUGAAAAGAAAAUUGCCUCCAAAGGAUAAGGAUCCGGAGCUUAUAAAGAAGCAGAAGUUGUCUAAGAAUUCAAAAUCAAAAGAGAAUGUUUUUAAUGCCUUGUGUUCAACUUGGAGCCAGACUGUGCUACCUGGUAAGAAAACUGCAAUCAACAUUCAUACUGGUCCUUUGACAAUUGAUGGGAGGAUGAGCUCAAGUGAAGACAAUCAAGAAAAGGAGCCAAAUGUUUCUAGAAGCUGCUCUGAGAAUAGCAACGCAACAGCUGAAGAGAACUAUGUAGAGAAAGAAACGGCUGCAUCUAGAAACUUUUCUGAUGGACUUGGCACUUCUGAUAAUGGACAGUUGGGUUGCGAGGAACAUCCAUUGGUUUCUCCAAAAUCCUCUCCAGAGAUGGCCGUAAAUGGAUCUUAAGAUUUUAGAACCAUAUAGGGGAAGGCAAAUUGUGCUAUUUGACCUAUGGAUUUGCUGGUGGCAAAGUGGUUGCUGUGCCUAUUUGAGACAAAGGAGUUCUUUCUACCGGGGGGUAAGUUCUGAGUAUGCAUUCUGGGAGGACGUGUGGAAAUACUGUACAGUGCCACUGAGAGGCGGCAAGGUAUUAUACAGCAACUUGGAUCUGCUUCUAUGCUUCGGUUGGGUAUUUCGGGCUUUGAGCAUAGUAAUUGUUACUUUUGUAUAACAUUCACCAGCAAUAAUUCUGUCGUUUUCUUUUCAUUCUCCAAUUUUUUACCUCUUCCAGCUCCUUUGUCAUAAUUUCUGCAAGAGGAUUCUGGGUUAGUGUUUAGCUUUUUUUUUUUUUUUUUUUGUUAUCAUUUUUUUACCCUUUUUAAAGUUAUAUUGACUUCCUCAUAGAGGGCGCAAAUAUGCGCCCUACACAGGUUUUGCUUUUCUAUUUUUCCCCCUUUUUUGUAGUGGAUGUGAUAAUAGGGAUAUGUGCAGUGAGUUUCUAGGGCCAAUUUUUCACAGAUGUAGUAGGAAAAAAAAAGCAUCCGUUGUAAAUCUGAAUUGAACUAUGCAUUUGACUUACCGUGCAGUUCUGUCAUCGUAACUAGUUACGCUGGUUACUUCA